AGUAAUAAGAACGUUAACCUAUAAAGUUAUAUCCAUUACAUUACAUCUAACUUAAUAAAGGUAGUGGACUGUGCAAAAAUGUUAAGUAAACAGUUUUUAGUUCCACUACGGAAGUGUUUAGCAAAUUCAUACAAAACGCAUAUUUUAACAAAUCGUUUAUCUGGGAAACUAUAUAUUUCAAAAUGUAACAUAAUAAGAACUUUUAGUGCCAAAGAAAGUCAAAGCCAUUUAAAUAUUGGUACAAUAGGACAUGUAGACCAUGGAAAAACGACAUUAACAGCAGCAAUAACAAAAGUAUUACAAAAAGAUGGCUUAGCUGAUUUUGUAUCAUAUGAUUCUAUUGAUAGAGCUCCCGAAGAGAAAGCCAGAGGCAUUACUAUAAAUGCUGCUCAUGUUGGAUACAGUACGAAGAAAAGACAUUAUGCUCAUACAGAUUGCCCAGGCCAUGCUGAUUAUAUUAAAAACAUGAUUUCUGGAGCUUCACAAAUGGAUGGUGCAAUACUGGUUGUGGCAGCUGAUGAUGGACAAAUGCCUCAAACUAGAGAGCAUCUUUUAUUAGCCAAACAAGUAGGUGUUAAAAACAUUGUGGUUUUUAUAAACAAAGCAGAUCUAGUUGAUAAUGAAGUUCUUGAACUUGUAGAACUUGAAAUCAGAGAACUAAUGUCUGAUUUUGGAUUUGAUGGAGAUAAAUCACCUGUUGUUUUUGGUUCAGCUUUAAAAGCACUAAAUGGAGAUGAAGUGUGGGAAAAGUCUGUGAAGCAAUUACUUGAUGUAAUUGAUGAUUAUAUUCCAACUCCUUCAAGAGAUGUUUCUUCUCCAUUUAUGUUACCUAUUGAUAAUGCAUUUUCUGUUCCCGGCAGAGGGACUGUUGUGGUUGGAACUAUUGGGAGAGGAACAAUGAAGAAAGGUGCAGAAGCAGAGUUAUUGGGUUUCAAUAAUAAAAUGAAAACUAUUGUUAAUGAUAUACAAGUGUUCAAGAAAAGUCUGCCACAAGCAAUUGCUGGUGAAAAUGUUGGAAUAUUAUUAAGAGGAAUUAAAUUGAAGCAAGUGCAAAGAGGAAUGCUAUUAUGUGCAAUGAACAGUCAAAAAGUUAGUAACAGGUUCAAAGCUAGUAUUUAUUUUUUGACCAAAAGUGAAGGAGGACGCUCAAAGCCAGUGACUACAAAGUAUAUUCAGCAAUUAUUUAGUAAAACCUGGAAUGUUAGCUGUAGAAUUGAUUUAGAUGACAAUGUGAAUAUGAUUAUGCCUGGUGAUCAUUGCACUGUUGAUAUUACUCUAAUAUGGAAAAUGGUUAUGACUUCUGGUCAAGCAUUUACCAUUCGAGAAAAUAAUAUUACUGUGGCAACAGGAAUCAUUACAGAAACUCUUCCAGAAAUUAUAAUAAAUGGAUCAUUAGGGAAACUUGUAAUUUAAUA